AUGCACAUGAUGACAGUCACACAGCUGGGUGUAUGGGCUGGAUUGCUCUGCCCCUAUCUGCUCACUGCAAGCAUCCCACAAGACUGUAGGGAAGACCAGGGUAGCCUCUCCCGCUGCCCCUCCAUCUCCCAAGAGAAACUUCUUGACCGAGUCAUCCAGCAUGCUGAGCUCAUCUACCGUGUCUCAGAAGAAUCAUGCUCUUUGUUUGAGGCGAUGUUUGUCCCAUUUCCAUUACAGCUCCAGAGUAACCAAGCUGGCUAUACAUGCAUCACCAAAGCCUUACCCCUCCCGAGCUCCAAAAGUGAAAUCCAACAGAUAUCUGACAAAUGGUUGCUCCACUCUGUGCUGAUGCUGGUCCAGUCAUGGAUCGAGCCAUUGGUCUACCUUCAGACCACAUUGGAUCGCUACGAUGAUGCUCCUGACAUGCUGCUCAACAAGACCAAGUGGGUCUCUGAAAAACUGAUCAGUCUGGAGCAAGGGGUGGUGGUCCUCAUCAAGAAGAUGUUGGAUGAGGGAAUGAUGACAACAAGCUACAGUGAGCAAGGCGUCUUCCAGUAUGAUGUGCAGCCAGAGAUGUUGGAAUCUGUUAUGAGGGACUACGCCUUACUCAGUUGCUUCAAGAAAGAUGCCCAUAAGAUGGAGACUUUCCUAAAGCUUCUCAAGUGUCGACAAACUGACAAAUACAACUGUGCAUAA